AUGGCGGCUGACUACAGGAAGUUUCUUGCUGAGAAAGUGUUUAGUGAUGAGGAGUUUGUGACAUACAGAGCCCUCAGUCGAGCACAGAGAGUACACAGCAACCAAGCCAAGCGGAUGUUAUACGAGUUUCACCGCUCUGAAAAUGAGAAGAAACCGAAUUCAGUGCAUGCAACUUAUCUCUUGACGGGCAUAUCCGGAUAUAUCAAACCCUCGCCGUUAGGUGAGCACCGUUUGAAAGACGGUGAAGAUGAAGUCAUGCAGAGCAGCCCAUUUAUGAGCAGUCAGCCAGCUCAGCCGGAGGUUGUAGCGCCAGUGAACACAUCUACCGUGACAUCUAUAAUGCUUGUUCGAGAAGAGCAACUGGCAGAUGCAAAAAACCAGUUGAAAAAGAUAUUGUCUAUCUUUAUAUACAGUGUGCAGCCGUCAUCGCCUCCAGACUUGAAUAUCCUGGCGGAUAUAGGACAAGCAUCGUCCACAACUCGCAUUGAGAAUCCUCUUCAAUAUAGUGAACAGUACGGAAUGAUCCAGAACAAGAAUGUCAAGAGACGAUCGGGUGUACCAGUUACUCUACCUGCACCGGUUAAGGAAGAGAAAGCAGUGCUGCAGUCACUGACGAGGAAACCAGCACAAGAGCCCUUAGAUAAGAAGCCAGAGCCUUCUUCGACGCCUUUCCGGACAUUGGGGAGCUCGCAGGCUACCGCCAAGCCGUCUCAAGGGAAGCCUACACUCAAACGUGAUUCUUCAAGUAUAUUCAAGGCAUUUGCCAAAACGAGACCAAAGCAGCCAAAGGAAGAAGAGACCGAUUCUACACCAAAUGAAUCUCAGAAUAAUGAUGAAUCGGAAGAAGAGAGAGAGGAUCUCUUCCUAGAUACGGGGAAACGAACAAACAAUAAAGAACGAGAAUUAAAGAAGGACCGAGAAGAACGGCUAAGGAAGAUGAUGGAAGAUGCACCUGAAUCGCCGUCUAAGGAAGAGACACCGGUGGAAAGCGACAAGGCGCCUCUGACCCCAACCCCAGCCCCCUCACAGAAGCAAGAGACAGAGCCUGAACCAGAGUCCAGCGUACCAGAGAAACCGUCGACAGGUCAACGGCGGAGAGGCAGACGGCAGGUGAUGAAAAAGAAGGUAUCCAAGGAUGCAGAAGGAUACCUAGUUACAAAAGAAGAGCCAGUAUGGGAAUCCUUCUCGGAAGACGAACCCGAGCCCCCGAAACGAAAACCGCUGCCAUCUUCCUCUGCAAAGUCGACAAAAGGUGGUAGCAAAUCCAGUCAGGGUAGCAUCAUGUCGUUCUUCGGUAAGAAAUAG